GCAGCUUUCAGAUAAACAGACGUGCAACAUGCAGACAGAGGACGAGUCUAAGAGUGCAGGGAAACACUUUGUAAUGCUGACAUUUGUUUAAAGCGCAGGCUGCUUUGGCUGCUGUAUUUUGUGCCUGAGAAGUUCAAAGUUCAGACUAACAUUAUUACAAUGGUGUCUUAUGAGAGGCUGAAUCCAGAAAACGUUCAGUUUUCUGGUGCACUUUUAUCAGAAGAGCAUCACCGUCCGGCUCAAGAAGAUGUGGCCGUGCCUCAGCCAGACAGCACCUCUCUGCUCCCCAGAAGGCUGUCAUGCUCAAUCACCAAAGCUGUGCUGAUACUCGGCAGCCUGCUGCUGGUCCUGUUCGGGGGCUGGCUGCUGCACACCAUUUACUGGCUGCGCACCACAUCCGGCCAGGCGCACAGGCCGCCGCCGCCAGCGCCAGGGCAGGCUCUGGGCCCCGUCUUACAAGCAGACAUAAACGACACGGCGACCGCUGCACGUUCCAAAGCUUGCAGUGCUAUCCCAGAGGCGUGGAGGUUCGAUUGCUACCCCGAGAAAGCGGUGGUUGUGACCCGGGAGUUGUGCCAGGCCAGGAGCUGCUGCUUCAUCCCCGCUUCUGGUUCAACUAGAGGCAGAUCCAGGAAAAAUGGUAUCCCCUGGUGUUUCUAUCCCCCUGACUUCCCCUCAUACUCUUUGGUGUCAUCGAAAGAGACGUCGAUGGGACUCAAAGGCACCUUGGUAAAAGAUGUGAAGACUUACUACCCUGGAGACAUCCUCACUCUGGAGAUGGAGAUAAGGCACGAAACGGACACGCGCCUGCGUGUCAGGAUAACAGACCCCUCCAGUUCACGCUUCGAGGUCCCACUCUCUGUCCCCACUGCCACCAAGAAAGCAGAAAACCCCAAGUACGUUGUAGAGCUUUCAAAGCAGCCCUUUGGUCUCGUGGUGAAGAGGAAGUCUACAGGAACCGUGCUCCUGAACACCACAGUGGCGCCGCUCUUCUACGCUGAUCAGUUCCUCCAGCUCUCCACCGCCCUGCCCAGUCAGUUCAUUUAUGGCCUGGGUGAACACCGCUCCACCUUUCUGCACGACGUCCAGUGGAACACACUCACCAUGUGGGCCAGAGAUGUUCCUCCCACGGAACAGACGAACCUCUACGGGGUUCAUCCGUUUUAUAUGGCGAUGGAGGACGGUGGGGAUGCACACGGCUUCUUCCUGCUGAACAGCAACGCCAUGGAUGUGGCCCUCCAGCCGGGCCCCGCCCUGACCUGGCGUAGCAUCGGAGGAAUCCUGGACUUCUACGUGUUCCUCGGUUCGGAUCCUGGUUCAGUCGUUCAGCAGUACGUGGAGGUCAUAGGACAGCCAGCCAUGCCAAUCUACUGGGCCUUAGGGUACCACCUCUGUCGCUGGGGCUACAAGACCAGCAAUGCCACCUGGGAAGUUGUCAAGAGAAUGAGGAAUUAUGGGAUACCGCAGGACGUGCAGUGGAAUGACAUCGACUACAUGGACCAAGCUAAAGACUUCACCUUUGACCCGACGAACUUCAACACCCUUCCGGACUUGGUGCGGGACCUGCACGCUCACAACCAGACCUACGUCAUGAUAAUGGACCCAGGAAUCAGCAGCACACAGCCGGAGGGCUCCUAUUGGCCGUUCGACGAGGGACUGAAGAGAGGAGUCUUCAUCAAGGACGCUGAAGGGAAGACGCUAAUCGGGAAGGUGUGGCCUGGUCUGACAGCAUUUCCGGACUUCUCCGAUGAGGCGACGCAUGAAUGGUGGUAUGAAAACCUGCAGAGGUUUCAUGAGAAGGUGCCAUUUGAUGGAUUGUGGAUUGACAUGAACGAGCCGUCAAACUUCCUGGAUGGAUCUACUGUUGGCUGCCCGUCAAACAGUCUGGAAAAUCCUCCGUAUACGCCAGGUGUGCUGGGAGGUUUGCUCAGAUCUAAAACUGUAUGCGCCUCUGCACAGCAGAAACUGUCAACACAUUAUAACCUGCACAGUCUCUAUGGACUCAUGGAAGCUAAAGCCACCUCUAGUGCUCUGAAGAGGAUUUUAGCAAAGAGGCCGUUUGUGAUCUCGCGCUCCACGUUCCCCAGUCAUGGCUCGUAUUCAGGUCACUGGCUGGGAGACAACAGGAGCCACUGGAAGGACCUUUACACCUCCAUCGCAGGUAUGUUGACCUUUAACCUUCUGGGCAUCCCGUUGGUGGGAGCAGAUGUCUGCGGCUUCAGCGAGGAGCCGCAGGAGGAGCUGUGUGUCCGCUGGACUCAGCUGGGAGCUUUUUAUCCCUUCGCAAGAAACCACAACUCCCUUGACAUGAAUCCUCAGGAUCCGACCGCUUUCAGCCCGUCGGCCCGUACGGCCAUGAAACAGGCUCUGCUGCUGCGUUACUCCUUCUUCCCGUUCCUCUACACCCUCUUUCAUCACGCUCACGUUAAAGGGCACACUGUAGCUCGGCCGCUCAUGUUUGAGUUUCCCAAAGACGUAAAAACGUACGGCAUUGACAGUCAGUUUCUCUGGGGGAGGAGCUUAUUGGUGACUCCAGUGUUGGAGCCUGGAGUGGACUAUGUGGACGGGUACUUCCCAGAAGGCCUGUGGUAUGACUAUUACACCGGCGACUCUGUGAGCAGCAAAGGGGAAGAACUUCGCCUCAGCGCACCAUUGGAUAAAAUCAACCUGCAUCUGCGUCAGGGCUCCAUUAUUCCAACACAGGAGCCCAACGUGACGCUGUGGAUCAGCAGCGGUCAGCCGCUGCACCUGGUCUCUGCUCUGUCUGACGACGGCUCGGCCAGCGGCGAUCUGUUCUGGGACGACGGCGAAACCAUCGACACCUACGAGACGGACCGGUACACAUACGUUGUGUUCAACAUCUCCCAGAACACGAUGACGUCCAGCGUGCUUCACAGCGACCAGGAAGGCUCGUUCCUCAGCAUUGACUCGGUCUCGUUCUACGGGGUGAAGCAGAAGCCGAGCGCGGUGCUGGUGAAUUCCCAGGAGUUUCCCUUCAUCUACAGAGACAACCAGGUCUUAUCGGUAGCGAGCCUGAGCCUCAGACUCACCCAGAACUUCACCAUCAGCUGGAUGUAACAAUCAGAUCCAGGAUUUUAUUUCACACAGUACUGUGUUUUAUCCUUUUAAAUCCAAGAUAAUGGAUAUAUAUAUAUAUAUAUAUGAACAUGCCUGUAACUGUGACACUUCAUUGCUGAGCUAACUUUUAAAGCAUGGGGUUUGAUUUUUGCUCAAUGCUUGUAAACUACUCAGUCAGCUCUGAGGGUCAGCCACUAGAGGGCAGUCUUUUCAAACAUAACAAGCCUGUUUUUUGGACGUGGUCCCAAAAGCUCAGGUCAGACCCCAACUUUGGGUUAUAGAACAGAAUAUGGGGGAUCUUAGAAAUGAUUGCACGUGUCAUCGUUUACUAUCAUUCUCAGAAUAGAUUUAAAAACUUGUCAUGAAUAGAUAAAAAGACAAACUAACAUUAAAUUAGGCUGUUUUUGAUGUAUUUAUGCUUUUCACAGAAUUGUAUGAAGUCAGAAACCAAAAGUUUGGGAUUUGCCGAUACAAAAAAAACAAAUAGUUUUUUUUGUGAUCAGUCGGAGGUGAAAUGAAUUGGAAGUGAGUUAACGUGCGCUUUGUUUUGAACAAGUUUUAGCCCAAAAAGUGUUCAUGUUUUACACACUAACACUGAUCUGCAAACUGUAGUUUGUGAACACUGCUUUUAUUAUUAAAACUAUUCUAAAUUAAAGCUUAAUCGCAAUUAAAAGGAACCUUUUAGGAACGAAAUGUGCAAUAAAGACAGGAGGAUCAUCUUCCUUCCUUACAAUGUGACGAAUCUCCAUAUUGUUUUAAAAAUUUCAGUGCAAAUGAAAUUGCAUGAGGAUUUUAUUUUAUUUUUUUGGACUGUUGUUGCUGCAGUAUUUUAAAGUUGGGAAGGAGGUGCCUUAUAAUGAAUGUUUUUUUUCUUCUUCUGUUAAAAGUUUUAUUAGUUUUUACUGCUGCUUCCCACUCUAGAAGCCUCUAGAGAUGACGAAGAAGUGGCAGUAGGAUAAUGGUUUGUUUCUGGGGGGGGUGCGGGGGUUUUGUGUUAUUCCAACAUGUUGAAUCCAUAACUUUAUAGUCGACUAUAAUUUCCCCCAAAACGCCGCACACCUAGCUGCUCCCAAGUAUAAGAGUCUUGUUGCUCCAACGCCUGAAUGAGAUGCUGACGUCUCCUCUGAUUGGCUGAUAGAUGAUGAGCACCAUGGCUGAGUUAUGAAUAUAUCUCAUGAACAAGCUUAUUCACGCAGGACUUUAAUUUCAUUCCUUAUUCAAUGGAUGAAAAUUGUUAAAUUGUGUUGUUUCUUUUGACGCUAGCAGAAAAUGGCUUUCAUUUAUCCCAUUUGUCUGACAGGUUAAGGUCAAAAUUGUGCAAAAUAUUGAAAUUCUUCUGCACCAAACUUUGCAUUUAACACAUCAAUAGCUGUUUUUCUUGCAACUACCAAACCCAGACUCAUUUAUGGGAUUGGCAGAAAAAAAAAAGUGUAGGAUGUAUCACACCAGAGAUCCAUUUGCCUAUGGAGUUUGUGUCUAUCAUUUUUAUCCUUCUAUUUAUGGUUUUGAUUGGAAAAAAAAGAAUGCGUUCUUUCAUGGUACUGGAACCUGACACAAGAGGGCACAACUUCCAGUGAUUAUUGUUUGACUUUUUUCCCCUCAACUUUUUUUGCAUGUUUCUUCUUAUUUGUGAGUCUAAAUCCACAACUCCUUGAAACAAAGCCAAACUCCUGCUUUAGAAUCUAAUUGCUGCUUUAUCUCUGAUAUCUAUCUGGACACAGACAUUCUAGUUAAUGUUUAUCUUUUUUUAUAUGUGCCACCACAGUCACUCUUGCUGUCAUUAACAGUGUUGAUUCCCUGCUGUGUUCUGGUAUAAAUCAUACAAUGGCUUUCUCUUCAUUAUUUCCUUCCUCAGUUGUCCUCAGAUGAACCUUCCACCACUUUCCCUCUUUAUGACCUUUUCCUUUUGUCUAUUGUUCUCCUUGUCGCUGCAAAGAUACCGUUUUCCAGAUAAUUAGGCUUGUCCUUUUCCUCUUCUCUUCUCACAGAGCUGAUUCAUCUCAGCAUUUUCCUUUUAAAAUCCUGAACAAUUCUCCAGAGCCUAAUAAAUGCCAUCAAACCAGGAAGAGUUAAAAAAAAAAAAAAAAAAAGGAGGGGGGAACU